AUGGGGUGUCUGCGUGCAACGAGCGUCGGCGUCCUAAAACCUGCUGCAGCAAGCAGCAAACAGCAGCAGCUGCAGCAGCAGCUGCAGCAGCAACUGCAACGAAUGGAGGAACGGCAGCAGCAACUGCAGCAACUGCAGCAGAAGGAUCCAAGGUGGAGGAAGAAGGAGAAGAGAAGAGAGAGGAGGGAAGCAGCAAAGAGAGCUGCUGCUGCUGCUGCUGCUAACGAGGAUAAAGCAGCAGCAGCAGCAGCAGCAGCACAAGAAGCAGCAGAAAUGGAAGCAGCACUUGUUGCUGCUGCUGAGGAAGCAAUAGAGACAGCACAGAACCCCACAGAGUUGCUGCUGCUGCUGCUGCUGUCUAGUGACACUGCUGCUCCUGCAGCAAGAAAGAGCAACAAGCUGCUGCAGCAGCAGCAGCAGCAGCCGACGGACCCGGAUCAGCUGGAGCAGCUGCUGCUGCUGCAGCAGCACCAGCAGCAGCAGCAAAAACUAGCAAAUGCACUAGUAGCAGGAGACGUAGAGGCGCUGCAGCAGCAGCAGCAGCAGCCAUCCCUUCCUUUAUAUCUUCUUGCUCGUUGCAUGCAGCGUCUUGCGCAGCUGCUGCAGCAGAAACCGCAGCAGCUGCAGCAGCUGCAGCAGCAGCAACAAGCAUCACGGGCCCCAUUUAUCAGCAGCAGCAGCAGCAGCAGCAGCAAGGAGCAUAGAAGGAGACUAACGCGUUGCUUAACGCGGCUGCUGCAGGAGGUUGCCUUGCAUGCAGCUCAGUUGCUGUAUCCGCAGCAGCAGCAACAGCAGCAACAGCAGCAACAGCAGCAACAGCAGCAGCAGCAGCAGCAGCAGCAGCAAGAGCGUCUGUCGUUGCUGCUAUCUGUUGCUCGUUCUCUGUAUGACUCGGGCCUAGCAGGUCCUCUUAGCCUGCAGCAGCAGCAGUUGCUGCAGCAGCAGCGUCAGCAGCAGCAGCAGCAUUUGCUGCCUAUAUCUGUGCUGCAGCAGCUAAGGCCUCUACUAGCAUCUACAGAGUUGCUGCUGCGGCGUGCGGUGUACGUACACCUGGAGUGCAUGCAGCCGCAGCAGCUAUGUGAGGUGCUCGAGCUGUUUGAGUCCCUCUGCAGCAAGCAGCAGCAGCACGUCACGUUGCUGCUGCAGCGUAAGAAAGGGCUGCUGCUGCUGCAGCCAAGACCGUACAUGCAGCAGCAGCUGCCACCAUGGAAGGGAGCAGCAGCAGCAGCAACAGCAUUACUCUUUCGUGCUGCAGCAAGAGAUGAACUGUAUUGGAAGCAGAAGCAGCAGCAACUGCAGCAGCAGCAACAGCAGCAACUGCAACAACUGCAGCAGCAACAGCAGCAGCAACAGCAACAGCAGCAGCAACUACCGCAGCAUUAUCUGCAGCCGCUGCAGCAGCCAGCAGCACCAUUAGUAGAUCCAGUUGUACUGCAGCAGCAGCAGGAAAGGGAGUCUGCUGCAUUUGCUGCAGCAGCAGCAGCAGCAGCAGCACAACGUAUUGAAUAUAUAUCCCUAUCUAUGCAUGCAUUUGCUGCACUAAGAGGGAAGGAUGGUCUUGCUGCUGCUGAUGCUGCGCUGCUGCUGCAGAGAUACUUGAAGAUAAUCUCUAGACACAAUAUUGAGGAUUUCUCUGCUCCUGCUUCUUUGCGGCUGCUGCAUGCAGCGCAGCAGCUGGGGAUAAGAGGUGCUGCUGCUGCUGUAUUAACAGCAGCAGCAAGAAGACACAGCAAAAAAUGGUCAAACAGCAGCAGCAGCAAAGUACAUCUAUUCAGGCUUGUAUCUACAUUAAGCGAGCUGGAUAUCCGUCCUAAUGAUCCUCUUGUUGCUGCUGCUGUUAAUGGCAUCAUCUCCCGCAUUCCUCCCCCUGCUGCUGCUGCUGUUGGCCUGCGAAGAUCCGCUACGUGGACUGCUGAGGAGCUCGCUUCCUUGCUGCGCUCCUUAGCAAUCAUAGGUGUAUACCCAGACUGCCUAUACACCCGAGCAUUAUCUUCGCGUAUAUGGGGUCCUUUCUUUGAGCAGCUGCAGCAGCUGCAGCAGCAGCAGCAGCAGCAGCAGAUGCAGCAGCAUAUGCAGCAGCUGCAGGAACAGCAAACGCGGCAGCAACGGCAGCAGGAGGAUUCAGCGCAUGCAUACAGUGCAUAUGACAUGGAGAAUCGUCCAGCAGUUGCUGCUGUUUAUCUUUAUGAGGCACUGCUUGCUCGCUAUAUACACCGACAGCAGCAGCAGCAGCAGCAGCAACAGCAGCAGUUGUUGCAGCAGGAGCAGCAGCAGCAGCAGGCAUCGUCAGACCGCCCUGAGCCGAGUUUUGUUGCAGCAGCAGAAUCAGCAGCAGCAGCAGAAUCAGCAUCAUCAUCAUCAGCAGCAGGAGGAGAAGCAGCAGCAGCAGCAGCAGCAGCAGCAGCAGCAGAGUUAAGCAGUGCUGCACCAGAUUUGCUGCAGGGUUUAGAUUGCUGCUGCUGGCCUCCUCAUUGGCAGCAGCAGCUGUUUGCUGCUGCAUGUGCUGCGCAGCAAGUCUUCUGUCCGUCAGAUAAGCAGCGUCGUGCUGCUGCGCUGCUGCAGCAGAUUGGGCUACAAGCUGAGGUGAAGCCACAGACAGCGGAGGGCCUCUCUCCAGACAUUGCAGUCACGUUACCGUUGCUGCUGCAGCCGCAGCAGCAGCAGCAGCAGCAGCAGCAGCAGCAGCAGCAGCAGCUAGCUGCACGUGGCGUGGCGCUGCAGAUAGAGGGGCGUGGCAGAUGGAGAGCAGCAGCAGCAGGAGUAACGGGGAUGCAGUUGUUAGAGGGACUAGGUUGGCGUGUUGUUUCUUUAUCUUCUUUUUUGCUGCCGCUGCGGGGUGCAGCAGCAGAUGAUGCUGCUGCUCUUGUGUCUCUCCUUCCCCAAGAUGUGCAGCAAGCUAUAGAGCAGCAGCAGCAACAGCAGCAAGAGCAGCAGCGGAAGCAGAAAGAGCAACAGCAGAAGCAGAAGGAGCUACAGGAGCAGCUGAGAAAGCAGCAGCAGCAGCAGCAGCAGCAGCAACAAGCGCAAGAACAGAUAAGCGCGUUGCUAGGAGGCAGCAGCAGCAGCAGCAGCAGCAGCGGCAGCAACUUGCUGCUGAUGGAAACACUCGCGAGGGAGGCUAUGCGCAAUGUGCUGUCGCAAGCCAGCAGCAGCAGCAGCAGCAACGGCAACAGCAGCAGCAGCAGCAACAGCAACGGCAGCAGCAGCAGCAGCGAAGCAACAGAUGCUGCUGGGGAGAUGCUCGAAGACGUCAAAGACAAUUGA